AUGCACUGGCAGAGUCUCAAGCCGGCCUUUUCCGCGCGCGUUUGGAGUACGCAGCCCUUCGCCGGAGCGCGUGCGUAUGCACGCACAAACGCCCGCCCGCGCGCGCGCACGCCUGCCUCCAGCCAGCGAGCCGGCGCGCGUCAGCCCCGGUUGUCUCGGCUCGCGCGGUACUGCCCCGGAAGGCGCGUUCCCGGAGAGGGAGUGGAGGGCGUGGAGCGGGCGGCGGCGGAAGAGCCGCUCCCUGAGUGUGCUGGAGAGUCGGGCGCCGAGGACAACAUGGAGGACGGGCGGCCGCGGCCCGUGCUGCGCUCGGUGAACUCGCGCGAGCCCUCUCAGGUCAUCUUCUGCAACCGCAGCCCGCGCGUCGUGCUGCCCGUGUGGCUUAACUUCGACGGCGAGCCGCAGCCCUACCCGACGCUGCUGCCGGGCACGGGCCGCCGUAUGCACAGCUACCGAGGUCACCUCUGGCUCUUCAGGGAUGCAGGGACCUCCGAUGGACUUCUCGUUAACCAAACUGAAUUAUUUGUGCCAUCUCUCAAUGUUGAUGGACAGCCUAUUUUUGCAAAUAUCACACUGCCAGUGUAUACCCUGAAAGAGCGGUGCCUUCAGGUUGUGCGAAGCCUGGUCAAGCCUGAGAAUUACAGGAGGCUGGACAUUGUCAGGUCACUCUAUGAAGAUCUGGAAGACCACCCAGAUUUGCGCAAAGACAUAGAGCGGCUGACCCAGGAGCACAUUGAAAACCAGCAGUUGGAAGAGGAAACUGAAGAAUUUAACUGAAAUUAGCAUUCCUGUGUCUCAGUUUUUGGUAAUUCUGAUGAAUUUUGAUCUAGAUAUAAGCCAGGGCACUUCCAUUUUUCAAAGUGUUUCAUUCUUGGAGUAAAGUGUACUCCAUUGCUUGCAAGAAAGUUAACUGACAUCAACGGGCUUUGUGGGUGGCUAGGGGGCAGACCAUCUGAAGGGUCUGAAUCUGCCUUUCUAGAAGCACUCAUCAGAAGAAAGUGGUUGCAUUUUUGCUUCCUGGUAAGCCAGAAAAGUUUUAAUGUAAGCAUGUUUGUUUAAUUCAGUGAAAGAAAGCAGCAAUGCCUAUGCUUAAUGGUGUGUGUUCGCCUCCACCCUGGGAAGGCUGUGAGCAGGGUCAGGCCUCUUAGAGGCCCCAGUGCCUAGCAUAUUAUGAGUCUUGGAUCUAUUUAUGUCAGAUGAACAAAGUAUUGGAUUUUUCCAUGGAAAGUUCUUGGAGGGGUGGCCUUAAAGUACAAGUAAAGCAACACCUUAUAGUGAUUUUUAUAGCCCAGGCUAGUCUUGAAUUCAUUAUGUAGCUGAGGCUAGCCUUGAACUUGAACUUGAGCCUGAUUCUUCUUCCUUUUCAAAGUACUCUUUUCUUUCUCUUUAUUUUUCUUCUUUCUCUCU